AUGGGCCUGAAUUUUGGGAUGCUGGCCUUCAACUCCAAGGCCAAAGAGCAGCUCGCAGCCAUGGGAUUCGAGAAGGGCGGCAACGUGCAGGUCUUCGGAGCAGCCUUCGCCGGCGGCUUCUUCGGCUCGGUCUUCUCCUUGCCCUUCGACUUCGUUAAGACGCAGCUGCAGAAGAUGAAGCCAGACCCAAGCACUGGAGAGAUGCCCUUCAAGGGCCCUUUGGAUUGCGCUCUGAAGACGCUGCGGGCGAGUCCACUUCGAUUCUACUCCGGAUUUCCGGUCUACUUUGCCCGCACAGGGCCCAUCUCCACCAUCACCCUCAUCGUUCAAGACCGCAUCAAAAAGCUCUGGGCUGCCCUUGACUUGUGA